UCAAUUUUGAAGUCAUGAAAUGUCCCACCUUGUCGCGAGAAGUUGUGAUUGAUUAUGCUGACGAUCAUACUUCUGGCACUCUUUAUAACUUCGGAGGCACCCAAAGUGCCGGCUACUACAAUUCUCUACAUGAAACUUCCCUAUGUUGAGUGGUUGAAACCGACAUACAUCAGAGUGGCAAAAAAACAGCUUCGAAAACAGCUGAAGCGUAACAAGCUCCCUUACAUCGAAAGCAUGUUCAAGGUGAAUGCCAACAAAGCCCGCGAUGGUAACCUAGCAGUAGCUGUGCAUGUGUUUGACGUGCCAGACUGUAGUAUGGUGAAGGAAAUGGCGAAGAAAUCAAAGAAAUCAAAUGGCCUAAUAAGCUACGUAACUGUGAGGUGUAAAGGCCGCAGCGCUACAUACAUUUAGAGCUGAGGAAUUGUUGGUUGAAAUGUUCAAGAAACCAUAAAGGUGU